AUGUACUCUGGUGUGGACGAUCCUCAAUUCAACUUCAUUGAUGCACAAACAGGCAAAACUUGUAGUAAUAUAGGCUACAGUACCCUUGGCUCUGACGAUCAGCUGCAGCAGCCAGCACCGCUAGCAUCUUUUUCCAGACACACCAGCUUUCCUGUCUCAUUUCAACACCCCAACUUAAACUCAGUCACGGCCGAUAAGCAGGAUUUGGACUCAGAUGCGGGGCGGGUAGUGGGCUAUCCUCAUCACUAUAUUCCUAGCUUCAGUGACCAGCCUCAGCUGGAGCUGCACCCCUCCGGAAAUACUACUUCUGGUGAAGGGCCAUCAUCAUCUCAGCUCAACACAUUCCAAUACCCCAACAUCGAUGCCUACCCCAACUACCAUAAUGACUAUGGCCACCAGUAUACCUCCGGAAAUGAUAGUCAGAUGCCCCUCUCAUACCCAAACAUCAACAUCCACAUGAGCUAUCAUGAAGACUCACCACCAAUAUUUUCCAAUGUGUCCUCUCUUCACCUCGCCCCCUUUGACUCACAUGCAGACACCAUGCUUCCAGACCCUAAUGUAGAUGCCCGCACCAGCUAUUAUGACUACUCCACUGGUGAAGACCUGCCAGCCGCUACUGCCUCCACAUCAUCACAUUCCAUCGCUUCAUACUUCCCCAGCUUUUAUGCCCCUUUCCAAUCGGCUGAUGGUGUUUCUACAAUGCCAGACUCUGAGGAUGUGAUGCCACUUGGCCAGCCCUUACCUGUGGACAAGCCGUUGUCCUUCGAUGCACCAUGUCUCAAAGAGCCAUUGUCUACUUCUGUCAGACCCUCAGGCUCUAGAAAACACUGUCAAGAUUGUUUUAUUGCAUUUGAUCCACGACACAAAAAGAUAAGAGGUUGGGCGCCCGCCACUUCAGCUGAGGAUAUUUCAAAUGUCAAACCAUCUGCGCCACCCUCCCAGCCUCUCGUUGCUGGGUCCAAGCAACCCACAUCUGAGCCACUGCCUGGGGUAGGACCUGUGGAGUAUGAUGAGAGUCAUCCAAUUCACAAAUAUAUCAUUCAGAAGGCGCUGGAUAUAAUCAUUACCACUGUCAUCAACGGGAAUCCUUUCUUGUCCAAGGAAGCAUGA